AUGUUUGCUCUGCGGUCCAGUGCGCCCUCUGCGCGCGCCGCCUGGUGCUCCAGAGCACAAUGGCACGCAAUACGAGGAAUCUCCAACACCACCCGCCGCCAAAAUGCCUCCCCCGUCAACGACCUCGAAGGCCUCAAUGCCGUCUCCAAACACAUCACCCAGCCCAAAUCGCAGGGUGCCUCGCAGGCCAUGCUGUACGCCACAGGCUUCACCGAGGACGACAUGAACAAGCCCCAGGUCGGCAUCUCGUCGGUGUGGUACGGCGGAAACCCUUGCAAUAUGCACUUGAUGGAUCUGAAUCACAAAGUGAAAGAGGGCGUGGAGAAGGCGGGCUUGCUGGGCAUGCAGUUCAAUACGAUUGGCGUCAGCGAUGCCAUCAGCAUGGGCACGAGUGGGAUGCGGUAUUCCCUGCAGAGUAGGGAUUUGAUCGCGGAUUCGAUUGAGACGGUCAUGGGUGGGCAGUGGUAUGAUGCCAACAUCAGCAUUCCUGGCUGCGACAAGAAUAUGCCCGGUGUCAUUAUGGCGAUGGGACGUGUCAACCGACCGAGUAUUAUGGUCUAUGGAGGGACGAUUGCGGCAGGAUGUGGGAAAGAGCCGAGGAAUAACAAGCUGGAUAUCGUCUCGGCUUUCCAGUCGUAUGGACAGUUCUUGAGUGGGGAUAUCAAUGAGACGGAGAGGUUCGAUAUUGUCAGGCAUGCGAUCCCAAGCUGUGGUGCUUGUGGUGGCAUGUACACUGCGAAUACUCUGGCGUCUGUUAUUGAGGUCAUGGGCAUGUCGCUACCGGGCUCUUCGUCGAACCCUGCUGCCAGCAAGGCGAAGCAGUUGGAAUGUCUGGCCGCUGGACCUGCUAUCCGAAACCUUCUAAAGGAAGACAUCAGGCCGAAGGAUAUCUUGACACGACAAGCUUUCGAGGACGCCAUGGUCGUUGUCAACAUUACUGGUGGAUCGACCAAUGCCGUCCUUCACUUGAUCGCCAUGGCACACAGUGUAGGCAUCGACUUGAAGAUCGACGACUUCCAGAAAGUCACGGACACCACUCCUUUCCUCGCAGAUCUCAAACCCUCCGGCAAAUACGUCUUCGAAGACCUCUACAACAUCGGCGGUAUCCCCAGCUUGACCAAAUUCCUGCUCAAGGAAGGUCUCCUCGACGGCAGCCGUAUCACAGUCACCGGCAGAACUCUGAAAGAGAACGUCGAGAAUGCACCAGACUUCCCCUCAGACCAGGAGAUCAUCCGCCCAUUCAGCAACCCCAUCAAGAAAACCGGCCACAUCUGCAUCCUCCGCGGCUCCCUCGCACCUGGCGGCAGUGUCGGCAAGAUCACCGGAAAAGAAGGCACCGUCUUCACCGGCAAAGCCAAAUGCUACGACGCUGAAGACGACUUCAUCGCCGCGCUGGAGCGCAACGAGCUCAAGAAAGGCGAGAAGACCGUCGUCAUCAUCCGCUACGAAGGACCCAAGGGCGGCCCUGGUAUGCCAGAGAUGUUGAAGCCCUCUUCAGCAAUCAUGGGCGCUGGUCUAGGAAACGACGUCGCUCUCAUCACGGACGGCCGUUUCUCUGGUGGUAGCCACGGCUUCUUGAUUGGCCACGUCACGCCUGAGGCGCAAGAAGGUGGUCCUAUUGGUCUUGUCCGAGAUGGCGACACUAUCACCAUCGACGCUGAGAAGCGUGUCAUCGAUAUCAUUGACGCUACUGAGGAAGAGCUCGAGAAGCGGAGGGCGGAGUUCAAGCCCCCGCCGCUCAAGUACCAGAAGGGUGUCCUUUUCAAGUACGCCAGGAACGUGGUGGAUGCCAGCCAUGGGUGUAUCACUGAUGCGCCCACACCCAUAUCUUAG